GGCCCAAGACCAGAGGAUGAGCCUAUAUCGAUUUUGGGAAAAGAACUGUUAAACUGCUUUCGUCAGCUCCUCUCUGGACAGGAGGAAGAAUUAGAAAUUUUAGCUACCUGUCUAAUUAUCAAUGGAAUAUGUCUGAAAAAACAGAACACAACAAUUUAUGAGAGCCUCCUGCUAGACAUUCGUAGGACAUUGCUGGCAAGAAACAUAUCUGUGAUUGGGAAAUGCUUAAUGCUUCUGAUAAUAGAUAUAGAUAACAUAAAUUUUACCUCAUUACCUGAAGACGUUAUGCUCUUUUACAUGAUGCAUCUUGGAGAUCAAGGAUUUCAAAGACUUGAGAGAAUGAGAUGGUCUCCAACAUCAAGCUCUGCAAGAAUGUCAGGAAGUGUUGAGGCGUCUACUGUUGAGGUGUUUACCGUUGAGGCGUCGACUGUUGAGGCAUCUACUGUUGAGGCAUCUACUGUUGAGGCAUCUACUGUUGAGGCAUCUACUGCUGAGGCAUCUACUGUUGAGGCAUCUACUGUUGAGGUGUCUACUGUUGAGGUGUCUACUGUUGAGGCGUCUGCUGUUGAGGUGUCUACUGUUGAAGCAUCUACUGUUGAGGCAUCUGUGAUAGAGCAGUUGCCACAAAGAACUCAGCAUACAGAGCAUAGCCAGUCGGGCAAUAGGAAAAAGCCCUCAAUGCCACUCUAUACACCUCCGCCAAUGAGGCAACAUUACCCUCGAACACAACCAGACCCUUCCAGACUGCGAGAGACAACAGAGCUGCAGGUUAUUGAUAUGAGUACCUCAAUGAUGCAAAAGCCUGAAAGUAAAUCAGACAAUUUGAAAGUCUGUUCCUGUAAUAUUCCAUGCCAAAGCUUGAAUAAAAAUGACAGUCAAAACUAUGAUGAUAGUGAACUGGAGUCAUUGGAUUUAGAUGAAGAAUUUGCCAAGGUUGGAUUGAGUCCUAUUUCGGAGGAGGAUGAAGCUGAGCAGGGGGAAGAUGGUAAAGAAAGUUGGUAUUCAGAGAAUGAUAAAUAAGACAAAUAUAUUAGUUUACUAUUGUGUUUUUUGUAAAUAUUCUUUACUUAUAUUUGUAUUGUUCUGAUGCCUGUUUAAUUAUGGUGCAUUUCAGUUAUUGGAAGGCUUUGUCAAUAAAAAUAUGAUCAUCAAACCAUUGUUUAUCACAGAUAUUAGGAGUGCAUGUUUCAAUAUUUGACAGAUGUGACAAUGAUAAAUAGGUAAUUACAAAUUGCUUAGUUGUUUUUUACCUAAAGCUGUAUUAUCUAAGACGGAAAGAAUAUGUGU